AUGGUGGGGUGGAAUGUGAGGGGUAUGAAUAAACAAGAAAAGCAAAAAGCUAUUCUAGAUGUUUGCAAGGAAAAUAAGGUUGGUUUUGGUGCUCUAUUUGAGACUAAGGUGAAACAUGAGAAGAUUGAUGAAGUCUUUGAGAAUAAUUUCCCUAAUUGGGAUUACUUUUCUAGUCCUAUCACCUCUGGUAGGAUAUUGGUUUUUUGGCAAGCAAAGUUUGUGAAGGUUGACAUCUUGCUAGAAGAUCCUCAACUUGUUCAUUGCAAGAUUAAAGUGUGUGGAGAAAGUUUUCUUUGCCACGGUGGUUUAUGGAAUGGUGGGAGACAAAUUCUAGCUAAAGAUAUUGUUGAUGCUCAAAACUGGCUGGCUUUAGGCCAAGUGGAAGAAUUUAAAUGUUCUGGAGCGCACUAUACUUGGUCAAACAAGCAUGAAGUUGGAGACCGGAUUUUCUCCAAGCUAGAUCGAGUUUUUACUAAUGAUUAUUGGCUGGACUCUUUCCCGAAAACUGAAGCUUGCUUCAAAUGGGACUGUGUUUCAGACCAUAGUUACUGUGUGAUUAAAAGCCAGGAACUAAACAAGGUGGGGUUCAUACCUUUUAAAUAUUGUAACCACUGGUUGCAUUAUAGAGGUUACAAAGAAACAGUUUUACAGUGUUGGAACUCUACUUUAGGUUCAGGAGGAGGCCUUAGUAAGUUGGUUCAGAAACUUUUUAGAGUAAAACAUGUUUUGAAAAGAUUUAACAUGGAAGAGGCGGUUAGUCAAGUUCAGCAGAAAUUUACUGAUAAGCAGAUCCGAUAUGCUAGCUUUCUCAAGCAGCAGAGUAAAGUUAAUUGGGUUAAGUUCAGUGAUGAUAAUUCGAGAUACUUCCAUGCUGUUAUGAGGAAAAGAAGAUUGGAAAACAGAAUCACAUCUUUCACUAUUGGUGACAAAAUUGAAGAUGAUUAUUCGAAAGUAGUUGAACACUUUCUCUCCCAUUUUGAAAACUUUAUGGGGAGGAGAAGUUUGGCUAAUAAGGAGAUUAAUAUAGACUGUUUGAACCAGGGAAAUAGGCUGACUUUGGAGCAGCAAGUCAGAUUAUUAAGGCCGUUUAAUAAGAGUGAUGUGAAGAAGGCACUUUUCAGCAUUCACUCUUCCAAAAGUCCUGGGUUGGAUGGCUUCGGAUCGGGUUUCUUCAAGGGAUUAUGGGCAGAUAUUGGGGAUGAAAUCUCUCAAUCUGUGUUAGAGUUUUUUCAGAAUGGGUUCUUGCCGAAGUCGCUGAAUGAAACGGUGAUUUCCCUCAUUCCUAAGGUAGCAGAACCGAAAUCAGCAAGUAAUUACAGGCCUAUUGCAUGUUGUAGUACACUUUAUAAGUGUAUCUUGAAGAUGAUCUGUACAAGACUUUCGGAAGUGCUUCCCUUCCUUGUUCAUAGCAAUCAAGGGGCUUUCAUAAAGAAUAGAAUGCUUGCUCAUAAUAUUAUGAUUUUCCAGGAUCUCCUCAAAGAGUACACUAGGAAGAAUAUUUCAGCGAGAUGUAUACUGAAGAUAGAUCUCAGCAAGGCAUAUGAUACAGUUGACUGGCACUUUGUGGAGGAGCUGCUUAAGCAUCUUUGCUUCCCCUCGAGAUUUAUUGAUUGGAUUCUGGUUUGUUUGAAAGGAACGAGCUAUAAUCUUCUUAUGAAUGGAAGAAUUCAGGGCACGUUCAAAGGGGAAAAAGGUCUUCGGCAAGGAGACCCUAUGUCUCCUCUUUUGUUUGUGCUGAUAAUGGAGUAUUUAACCAGAUUAUUGGCUCAUUGUUCUGGUAAAAAAGGGUUUGGUUUUCAUCCUAUGUGUAAACAACUUAGGUUAACUAACCUAUGUUUUGCAGAUGACUUGAUACUAUUUUGUAAAGGCAACAUUAGUUCAGUGAGAGGUAUACAAGAAGCUUUCAAGAAGUUUUGUGAUUCUACAGGUCUUUCUGCGAACAAAUCAAAAUCUCAAAUCUUCUUUGGAGGAGUUAAGGAAAUCAUUAAAGUUCAGACUCUUGACUUGGUGCAAAUGGAUGAAGGCUCUUUUCCUUUGAAAUGCUUGGGGGUUCACAUUCGUCCUACUAAAUGGAAAGCUUCAGAUUGUGGGGUGAUCUUGGAUAAGCUGAACAAGAAUCUCAACUGUUGGGCGAGUAGGAAUCUUUCUUUUGCUGGUCGCGCUCAACUAAUUCACUCGGUCUUGCUUGGUAUUAGAAACUUCUGGAUGAGUAUAUUCAUUCUUCCGUACAAAAUCACAGCGGCCAUAGAUAAAAGCUGCCGUGACUUCCUGCGGGGCUCUAAAGGGAAUAGGAGUAAGCUUCAUCUCCCUUCUUGGGAGAAGGUUUGUCUCCCUAAAAAGCUGGGUGGUAUUGGUUUUCGUGAAGGCAAGAAAUGGAACAUGGCAUUGAUGGCGAAAUUUUUAUGGGCGACAUCAACCAAACAAGACUGCCUUUGGGUUAAAUGGAUUAACUCCAUAUAUCUUAAGGAGCAAAUCAUUUGGAGUGUUCCUAUUAAACAAGAAAUGAGUUGGUAUUUUAAGAAACUGUUGAGACUUAGACAAGUUACUGAUGAAGAUUCCUUGAGGCAAGCUGAAAAGGGAGGUAACUUUCGAAUAAAACAUUUUUAUACCUCUCUUGUUAAUGCUCAAUCAGUUGUUUAUGCUGAAACUAUGUGGAAUAAACUCCUAGUGCCUAAGCAUAGAUUUAUAUACUGGCAGAUUUUCAACUCUCAGUUGCUUACCAGAGAUCAUUUGAGUCGAUUCUUGCCUAUUUCCUCUGCUCUUUGCCCUGUUUGUGAAUCUGAAAUUGAAACUCACAGCCAUCUGUUCAUGAAGUGUAUCUUCUCCAGGAAAGUUUUUGGGGAAAUCAACAGCUGGCUGGGCUGUUUUCAGUGGCCGAAUUCCUUCUUGGAGCUUCAGCAUUGGUGUUUGGUAGCUGUGCGUGAUCUGAAGAACCAGAUUUUAAAUACUGUUUUAUCUGCAUCUUUGUAUUUUAUUUGGAGAAACCGGAACAAUUGCAUCUUUAAUUCUGUUUGUAGUAUGGCUAGAUGCAUUAGUUUGGAAAUUAGGAAAGUUGUUAAAUAUAGAGUCUUGGGUCUGGGUCCUCUUAAUCAUAGCAAAAGGGACAGUUAUUUACUUAAUGUUGUAGAGGGCUGGUAG